AUGGCUUGGGCCGAAGCGGUCACCGAGUCGACCCGGAACCAGACUCGCCGCCCUCUCAACUCCUCCUCCUACGUCCCUCCGCAUCUCCGCUACUCCGGCGGCCUCGGCGGCGGCGGUUACGCCUCGUACGGCCGAGGGUUCGGUGAGCCGGCUCAGCACGGUGGUUAUCGCGGAGGCGGCCGGACCGGUCCGUUUCGCGGAGGAGGUGGAGGUGGUUAUCGCGGCGGCGGCCGGAUUCGGGGCUGGGCGCCGCCGCCGCCGAGGCCGGCGGUGCAUGACGACGUGUGCGAGAAGCUCGAGCAGGUGACAGUGAGUGAGGGCGGUGACGUCAGCAAUGCGGGGAUCAAUUUCGAUGCUUACGAGGAUAUUCCGGUGGAGGCGAGCGGGGAGGACGUGCCGGCGCCGGCGGGGAGUUUCGAGGAGAUUGAUUUGGGGGAGUGUUUGAAUAACAAUGUCAAGAGGUGUAGGUACGUGAAGCCGACGCCGGUGCAGCGCCACGCGAUUCCGAUAGCCUUGGCCGGAAGGGACCUGAUGGCGUGUGCUCAGACUGGGUCCGGAAAGACGGCGGCUUUUUGCUUCCCGAUCAUCAGUGGAGUGUUGAAUGUGUCUCAGGGGAGGUCUCAGAGUGAUGAUGGGUGGACUGUGUAUCCGUUUGCGCUGAUUUUGUCUCCGACGAGAGAGCUGGCUAGUCAGAUAUAUGAGGAAGCUAAGAAGUUUGCUUAUCAGAGUGGGGUGAAGGUGGCUGUUGUUUAUGGUGGGGCGCCGAUGACUCAGCAGCUUCGUGAUCUGGAGAGAGGAGUUGACAUCCUAGUUGCUACUCCAGGGCGCUUGGUGGACAUGAUUGAAAGGUCACGAGUUUCCCUCAAGAUGAUCAAGUACUUGGCACUAGAUGAGGCUGAUAGGAUGUUGGACAUGGGAUUUGAACCUCAAAUAAGGAAGAUUGUUCAACGGAUGGACAUGCCACCCCCAGGUGCCAGGCAAACAUUACUGUUCAGUGCAACAUUCCCUGAUGAAAUACAGAGGCUUGCUGCAGAUUUCCUGAAGAACUACAUAUUUCUGACUGUUGGGAAAGUCGGGUCAAGCACUGAUCUUAUAGCACAAAAGGUUGAGUUUGUCAGGGAUAUGGACAAAAUUCAGCAUUUAUGCAGUCUUCUUAAGAAUCAGAGGGAUAAUGGAACUCAUGGAAAGCUUGCUUCAACCUUGGUGUUUGUUGAAACCAAGAAAGGAGCAAAUCAGUUGGAGAACUGGUUGUCCAGGAAUGGAUUCCCUGCAAUAGCAAUACAUGGUGACAAAGUGCAAAUGGAGAGGGAACGAGCAUUGAGAUUGUUCAAAUGUGGCACAACUCCAAUACUGGUGGCGACAGAUGUUGCUUCACGAGGUUUAGAUAUCCCUCAUGUUGCCCAUGUCAUCAAUUUUGACUUUCCGAAGAGCAUAGAUGAUUAUGUUCACAGAAUUGGUCGGACUGGACGUGCUGGUAAAUCUGGUCUUGCAACUGCUUUCUUCAGUGAAAAGAACCAGCCACUUGCAAAGUCUUUAGCGGAGUUGAUGAAGGAAUCAAAGCAGGAGGUUCCUAACUGGCUUCAUGAUUAUGCUAAACAAUCAUUGCCUUAUGGUGGAGACCAGAGCCAUAGGUAUGGUGGUAGCAGUAACUUUGGUGGAUAUGACUUCCGUAGGAGUGAGAAUCAUUAUGGUUCAGGUAGUUAUGGUUAUGGUGAUUCUUCUGUGGGUGUGGAUAUGGCUGCUGCUACUUUUCAUGAUGCUUCGGGAUCAUAUGCUGCUGAUUCAUCUGGAUAUGGAGAAAAAUUUGGGAAUUCUUAUGUAGAUGAGCCUGCUGCUUCCUAUAAUGGUCCUUCUUAUAAUGGGGGUGAAACAGAUGCUGCUGUUACUGCUGGUUUAUCGAGCUUUGGAAAUUAUGAGAAUAUUGUUGCUGGUGGGUGGGAAUAGAUCCGCAGGAUUGUCAUGUUAACAGUACAUGAGGAGUGAUAUUUAUAGAUAAUGGUGAAAAAAAUAGUUUUGGAAGAGUGGGGGCUAACUACAAGUAGGAGGAUUUCAACCUAAUAUCUUUUGGGAAAUGGUCUAAUACAAGUACUUGAAAGCAUUGCUGAGCUAACUUGCCUCUUGACCUUCAUAGUAUCAAGAAGCUAGUUUCGUUUUGUGUUAGGAUGUGAUCCUUUUGUAAUGAACCUAAUCUCGCAGUACGUAUUUUGU